AUGUUACUACACGGAUUAUUAGCGAUAAAUAAGCCUCGUGGAAAAACUUCUACAGAGGUUUUAAACACGCUUAGACAAUUUUUUCGAAAUAGAACAAAUUCAAUUGUAAAUAAAAAGAAAUUAAAAUUAGGACAUGGUGGCACAUUAGAUCCAUUAGCUACAGGUGUAUUGGUAAUUGGUAUAAAUGACGGGUGUAAAGAGCUAUACAAAUAUAUCGGUUGCAAUAAGGUUUAUUCAGCGACUGGAUUGUUUGGUUUCGCAACAGAUAGUUAUGAUUCCUGUGGAAAACUCUCAAAGAUUGCACCAGUUAAGCACAUCACUAAAGAAAUGUUAUCAUUUACAUUACAGAAAUUUACUGGAGACAUUUUACAAAAGCCGCCCCUGUAUUCUGCUUUACGGAUGGAAGGACGACGCCUUUAUGAUUACGCGCGUAAAGGGAUUGCACUUCCGAAAAGCAUUGAACCUCGUGCAGUCAAGAUUCAUUCAUUGUCAUUAUUAGAUUUCACUACUAGCCAUGAUUAUAAGCCUCCUACAACAACAGACACAAUGCUUCUCGAAGCAAUAAAAACAUCUGAAAAAAAUUCACUAUUGAACAAUCCAAUUUUUAAAAUUCAUGUCGAGUGUGGAAAAGGAACAUAUAUUCGAUCAUUAAUACAUGAUAUUGGGAUAGAGCUUAAUAGUGCAGCUCAUGUUGUAGAAUUGGUAAGAUUACAACAAGGUGAUUUACAAUUACAUAGAGACACAGUUGAGUUAGAUGAAUGCUCUGAUCUGAACACGAUUUUUAACGCCAUGGAAAAAAUCAAACUAAAACAUAAUUGUGUCGCAACCCCAAUGUAA